AUGGAAAAGACGUUGCACUUUAAGGACUCGGACGCGUCCGAGCUCGAGCCGUUUCUGCCCACGGAGACGCUCCUACAGGCUAGCGCAGCCCAAGGCCGCCCCUUCGUGACACUCACCUUUGCCACCUCGCUCGAUUCGUCGCUGUCCCUGGCGCCGGGGACACGCACGCGGCUAUCGGGCCCGGAAUCCAAGGCCAUGACACACCACCUCCGCAGCCGCCACGACGCCAUCUGCAUCGGCGUGGGGACCGCCGUCGCCGACGACCCGGGGCUCAACUGUCGAAUCGAGGGCGUCGGACUGGACCGGCAGCCGCGACCCGUGGUCAUCGACCCGCGCGGCCGGUGGGAUCUCACGGCGCGCAGUAAAGUCCUGGAGGUCGCGCGGGCGGGGUUAGGGCUUGCGCCGUUUAUGGUCACGGCACACGGGGGCGACGUAAACCCCGAGUUGAGGACGUUGCUCGAGGAGCAUGGCGGCAAAGUCAUCGAGGUGGAUACGAGCCCUGGUGGUGGUGGUGAUGGUGGUGAUGGUGGUGGCCCGGGAGACGACGGUUCGCAUCCUGGGAACCACAUCCGGUGGGGAGAUAUCCUCGCGGCUCUUCUUCGGGAGGGACUACGGAGCGUCAUGAUCGAAGGAGGAGGGCGUGUCAUCAACUCUUUACUAGCACCCGCAUGCCAUGACCUUGUCGAUUCGGUCAUCGUGACUAUUGCCCCGACCUGGCUCGGCCAGGGCAGCGUCAACGUGUCGCCGGAUAGGGUGCACGACGAGAGGGGAGAUCCCGUGCCUCCAGCAAGACUGUCGUCAGUGUCAUGGCAUCCCUUUGGCGAAGACGCGGUCCUUUGUGGGAGACUGGGCCAUAACCCAGGUAAUCCUUGA